AUGGUGACCGAGGUACCAGCGAAUGGUUCCAAACCUGAGUUGAUCAAGAAGGAUAUCUCCCCGCCAAUGCUGGAACCUUAUGAGGUGUUGGUCAAGGUUGCAACUGUUGCUCAGAAUCCAACUGAUGCUUUUGAUCUCAAUCUCUUUGGAAAUGGCGCUGUGCUUGGUUGUGACUUCGCCGGUAAGAUUGAGCGCCUUGGUAAAGAUGUCACAAAGGUUGCCGAGGGCGACACAAUCGCUGGUCUUAUUUGGGGUGGCGAGAUCAAGGGCCUAGGGGCAUACAGCGAGUACACCAAGGCCCACGAGAGCAUUUGCUUCAAGGUUCCAAAGAGUAUCUCACUUACAGAGGCUGCCACUAUCCCACUGGCAUCUUUGACUGCUUGGCUCGCCUUUUUCUCAAAGGACAGUCUGAACAUCGAUCGUAACAAGCCAGAUACGACUGUCCUAGUUUGGGGCGGAAGCUCGAGCGUUGGGCAGUACGCGAUUCAAAUUGCAACAAUUCUUGGUUUCAAGACCGUUGCUACAUGUAGCCCUCACAGCUUUGAUCUCGUUAAAUCCUUUGGAGCCACUCAUGUCUUCGACUACAACGACCCAAACGUGGUGAAAUCUAUCAAGGAGGUAGCACCUGGUUUGAAAUAUGUCUUCGACACGAUUGGCAAACAGACAUCGUCUUCAAAGGCAUCCGAGGCGAUUGACGAGAAUGGCGGCACUCUCUGCACAGUCAGACCAGACAAGAGCUUCACUGAGAAUGUGACCGAACAGACCAAAGUCACACCUGUACUUGUCUGGACUACAUUCAACAGGGUUAUCCAGUAUAAGAAGGCUUCGUUCCCGGCUAGUGAAGAUGACCACAAGCUGGGUGUUGAGUUCAACGAGAAGCUCCCUGGCUGGAUCGAUGAGGGUAGAAUCAAGCCUAACAAGCCCAAGGUUCUUGGUGGACUGGAUUCUAUUCCGCAGGGGUUCCAGGAGCACAGGGAUGGUAAGAUUUCUGGAUUCAAGAUUGUGUAUGAACUAUAG